GUGGCACUGGCAGUGGUUCCAGCCGGGGAAGUUGGGGAAAUAUUACAUAGUAAAGUUUUAAUGGUAGACAUGGGUUGUUAACUCUGGAAUCUUUAUGAUUGUGGGAGUUUGCACAGAGUGACUCAUACAGAAACAGAAGGAAAGUCAUGACAGCCAACGAGGAUCAAGAGAUGGAGUUGGAGGCUCUUCGCUCCAUCUAUGAGGGGGAUGAGUGUUUCAAGGAAGUUAGUCCAGUGUCCUUUCAGUUUAGGAUAGGAGACCUCGAGGACACCAAGGCGUUCAUACUGGAUGCCACAUGGCCAGAGACGUACCCAGAGACAGCCCCACAAAUGUCCCUUGAUGCCUUUUUCAACAACAGAAUCUCUGCAGAGACAAAGCAGCUGAUCCUGUCAAAGCUGGAAGAGCAGGUGGAGGCCAACCUGGGCACUGCAAUGAUGUACACUCUGUUUGAGUGGGCCAAGGAGAACCAGGAGGCCCUCAUGGAGAACCACAAGCCUAUAGUCACUGCUGUGACGUUGACACCCAGUAGUGAGGUGACGACUACCACCACGACAGCCAAGAAGAAGGAGAAGAAGGAGCAGCUGACUAAAGCUCAGAAGAGGAGGAUCAUCAGCAGAACAGAUAACAAAGGGGAACUGCCAAGAGGAUGGAACUGGGUUGAUGUUAUUAAACAUCUGAGUAAAACAGGAGGCAAGGAUGAUGAGUAGGCCUGAGGGCAGUGAUCCGGUGCUGCUUUGUACGAGGAAGUGCAGUGAAGUCGCUGCAGCCUGUUGAUGCUGCUGCUGACCCUGUCUAGACGCCUUCACAUCCUUCAACUUCAAUGUUCAUCACUCAGCAUGGCUGCUUCCACCUCGAGAACCAAAGCUGGCUCCGUAAUGGUGGACUCCAGGAAGGACACACACACAAACACACACACUUACACACAGCCAAACAGAGACUUUGAGCUGCAAAUAACUGUAAAAGCCCUUGGAGUGUUUUCUGUGUUAGUGGAGAGCAGCCAUGUGAAGGGGACCAGAGCGUCAGCUUUUGUUUGUCAUACAUUGUUACACAGCGCUCAGAUAUUCAUCGGGGUGGAGUGUGCUUCAAGUACUCGCUGUCACUGCCAUGUUUUCAGGCUGCCAGGCACUUUAGCCAGAAAUGUUGGAGUGUAGUUCUAAAUGGAUGCGUCAGAGUGUGAAGAAGCAUCCUGCUGUGACUUCAAGGUAUCGUGUUACUUUGUGAAAGCAGAGAAAUUUUUAAUGAUACAAAAUGUUACUUCUUUCCCCAGUUUCUUAUUUUGACACGUGUUUCUUUUUCCCGAUGAAUUGAAAACCUUAAAAGUUUUAUAUACAAAUAAAACCAUAUUUGGUCUAAUUUGG